AUGAUCCGCCACCCCAACCGCCCAGUCGCCGCGGUCGACAUCCUCAGUCUGCGCGACGAGCAGCAGAUCCAGAAGUGGCGUGUUGCACAAGAAGAAUUGAUCGAGGAUCUCGUCCACGAGCGCGUGUCGAUGCAGGCUGCGCUGACUCCCUCGGCGCCUGGUGUCUCGUCCUGGGACGGCGACCUCACGUAUGAACAGCUGGAUGCGAAAUCGACAGAGCUGGCCGAGCAUUUCCGAACACUUGUCCCCGCAGAAAAGGCUGAACCAUUCGUCGCACUGUGUUUUCAAAAGUCCAAGUGGGCGGUCGUUUUUAUGCUGGCAGUUCUGAAGGCAGGUGCAGCAUGCGUCUCGCUCGACCCUGCCCACCCUGCCAGUCGUCACCAGGCCAUUUUGGAAGACUGCAAUCCAUCUUUAAUCCUGGCGUCGACACUGCAUGAGGCAAAGAUGAAAUCUGCUGCUCCUUCUAUCCCAGUACUAACGAUCGACGACUCGACGGUCCUCCGCACACCCCAUCAGCCGACGUCUCCACUGCAGCCCGUUGUCCCAAGCAGCGCCGCGUUUGUUAUUUACACAUCGGGCAGUACUGGAACACCCAAAGGCGUCGUAUUACCCCAUUCCGCGGUCUGCAGCAGUAUGGCAGCCCAUAACAGGAGCCUCAAGAUUGGCCCUGGAGCCCGGGUCUUCCAGUUUGCCUCCUACGUCUUUGAUAUAAGCAUUGGAGAUAUCUUUACCUCACUUACCAAUGGAGGGUGUGUUUGCAUUCCGUCUGAGCAGCAGCGACUGGACAGUGUGAGCGACGCCAUCACCAGCCUCGCCGCCAACUGGGCGUGCCUGACACCGACUGUGGCGAGCCUGCUUGACCCCUCUGCACUCUCGGGCCUGAAGACACUUGUGCUGGCUGGUGAAGCUGUCAAUCAGCAAGCCAUUGACACCUGGACCGGCGAAGCCUCUCCACUCGAUCGCUUCUUCAAUUGCUACGGUCCUGCCGAGUGUACGAUCUACAGCACGUGCAGAGAUCUGACUGCCUCUGCGUCGCACCACGCCGCCAACAUUGGCCAGCCCCUGCUGGGCCAAGUGUGGGUUGUUGAUCCGCAAGAUCACAAUCGCCUCCUUCCCCUGGGCUGCGUGGGAGAGCUGUUAAUCUCGGGCCCACUGCUGUCGCGAGGAUAUCUCAACGACGAGGCAAAGACCCAGGGCGCGUUUAUUCGCCGUCCAGGCUGGGCCUCCCGACUCGACCUGAGCAGCGAAGAACGGCUAUACAAAACCGGCGACCUAGUCCGAUACACGCCAGACGGCAGCCUGGAUUACCUCGGCCGCAAGGAUUCGCAGGUUAAACUGCACGGACAGCGCAUGGAGCUGGCCGAAAUCGAGUACCAUCUCCUGAAGCAUCGCGAGGUCACCCAGGCCGUCGUGGGGAUCCCUGCAGCGGGUGCUUGCAAGUCUCGCCUGGUCGCUGUGCUUGCGCUUACAGGAGCGCCGGAGACUGCGGGCGAGCUGGAAAUCAACCCAGAUCAGCAUCCUCGCUGCAGUGCCAUCCAAGGAAAUCUGACCAGCGAGCUCCCAGCGUAUAUGGUUCCGUCCGUGUCCAUCGUGGUCCGAUCGAUUCCCCUCAACUUGUCCGGCAAGGUUGAUCGCGUAAAGGUGGCGCGCUGGGUGGAAGGGCUGACCGAUCCAGGCGUGCUCGGGGAGAUGGAGACGGUGUCUGAGGACGAGCUCGAGACGAGCCAGGAGAAGGAGGGCACCAUUGAGUCCUCAUUCCGGGAGAUCGUUGCCUACGUGCUCAACGUCGACCGCUCUUGCUUGAUCUCCUCGCGAUCCUUCGUGGGCCUCGGCGGGGACUCGAUCAGUGCGAUGCAGGUGUCCUCUCGCGCCCGUGCCCAGGGCUUGGUUGUCCAUGUGCGCGACAUCCUGCGCAGCAAAACGUUCCGCGAGGUGAUUGAGUCAGUUCGGGCGGCUCGAUCGCAGCAAGUCGACCAGGCUGCUAGAGAGGACGACUACGACACCCCCUUCGGCCUCUCGCCCGUGCAGCAGCUCUACAUCGACGGCGCAAGGAAUGAGAUCAACCGCUUCAACCAAAGCAUGCAGUUGCGAUUCAACCGGCCAGUAUCUGUCCAAGAGGUUGAGGCUGCCGUUCAUGCAGUGGUGCUGAAGCAUGCGAUGCUGCGGGCGCAGUUCAGCAAGACACGCGACGGCCGCUGGAGUCAGUCGAUCCCGCGAGAGGCGACUGGCUCCUACACGAUGAGGUCCCACAGCAUCACAGGCAGCAAAGGGCAAGACCUGGCCAGUCUGCUUCAGCAUGCUCAGCAGGCGAUCGACCCCACGAGCGGACAGGCCUUCUCAGCCGACCUGAUCGAGAUCAGCAACGACGGACAGCUCCUGUACCUCGUUGCGCACCACCUGGUCAUCGACGUGGUUUCGUGGCGUGUCAUUAUGGAAGACCUUUCCAACCACAUCCAGGACGGGCAGCUUGCCCACCGUGAGCCGCACUCGUACUCGUUCCAGCAAUGGCUCCGUGCUCAGCGCGAGUACGCCCUGACUCUCCCGGCCCCAACGGUGGUUCUGCCGUUCGAGGUGCCGCCAGCUGACCUUGCGUACUGGGGCAUGGCCGAUGCGUCAAAUCGCUAUGGGCAGGUCCUGUCGGAGCGCUUUGUCCUCGAUGCCAGGACGACCAGCACGCUGCUUCACGACUGCCACGUCUCCCUCCGCACGGAACCCAUGGAUGUUCUGAUCGGAGCCCUCUUUGCCUCCUUCAAGCAGGUCUUUUCCGACCGCCGCAUGCCUUCCGUGGUCACUGAAGGCCACGGACGCGAGCCGUGGUCGCCUGGCAUGGAUCUGUCGACAACAGUUGGCUGGUUUACGACGAUGCUGCCUCUGGCCGUCGACGAUACAAUCACCGAGCUCAGCGAGAUCAUUCGGCAGACCAAGGAUCGGCGUCGCCAGGUCCCCCACCGCGGAUUCGACUAUUUCACAUCACGCUACCUGAGCGAGGAGGGUAAAGAGGCCUUUACACACCACGAACCCGUCGAGAUCCUCUUCAACUACCUGGGCCAAUUCCAGCAGCUCGAGAGGACCGACAGCCUGCUGCAGAUGGAGCGAACAGUAGCGGUGUCAGACGUUGCAGACAAUACCUCCCGGCUGGCAUUGAUCGAGAUAUCGGCGGUGGUCAGCGACGGCCUGCUGCAGGUCAACUUCGUGCUUAGCAAGAGGAUGCGGAAGCUGCCCUACAUGCGCAAGUGGGUGCGCGCGUACGAGCAGACUCUGCGCGCCGCUGUAGCUCAGCUGGCAGUGAUGCCGCCCCGGCCCACGCUCAGCGACUAUCCCCUGCUGGCUCUGACAUACGAGGAUCUGGAUCGGCUGCAGGACGAGGUGCUGCCGCAGUGGAACGUGUGGAGCUUCGAGGAUGUUGAAGACAUGUACCCUUGUUCUCCCAUGCAGCUGGGCCUCCUCCUCAGUCAUCGCCGCUCGACGGGCGCCUAUGAAGACAAGUUUACCUACGAGGUUACCCUGCCCGGCCCUGGGACCCCAGAUCCCUCCCGGCUACUGGCCGUGUGGCAGAAGCUCAUUGACCGUCACGCAAUGCUGCGGACAGUCUUUGUCGAAAGUGCCGACGCGCGGACCCUCUACGACCAGCUGGUCCUCAGGGAGGGCGAGGCCAACACAGUCUUGCUGACCUGCGCUGAUGACGCCGUCGCAGCUACGCUUGCCGCACAGAAGCCCCUCAGCCACGAGGAGCGCCGAAAUCGACAUCGCGUGACAGUGGUCCAGACGGAGAGUGGCCGGGUUCUUCUUCAGCUGGAGGCCAGCCAUGCGAUCCUCGAUGCCAGCUCCAUGACGAAUCUGCUGCACGAUCUUACGCGAGGCUACACAGACGACCUGUCUGCAGCCCCUGCACCAUCAUACCGCAACUAUGUCGAGUACCUCACGUCCAAACCCGUAGAGGACUCGAUCGAGUUCUGGAAACAGUCCCUGGGUGAAGUGACCCCCUGCCACCUCCCCCUCCCAGAUGCACUAGCCGACACGCCCCGCGAGUAUGCAGCGUUGAAAAUCGACCUCGACUGGGCCGCCCCUUCGCUCUCGACUUUCUGCCGUGCCCAAGGCGUCACGGCCGGCAGCGUCUUCCAAUCCGUAUGGGGUCUGCUGCUGCAGCGGUAUACAGGCAUGGCCCAGGUCUGCUUCGGCAACAUCACCUCCGGCCGCGAUGCCGAUAUCGCGGGGAUUGACGAGAUUGUUGGCCCCCCUGAUCAAUAUCCUGAUAUCACAGAUCUCGAUCGACCGAGAAAUGCGGCCGGUGGAUCUCGUUUCCCAGGUGCAGGCGCGCUACGCGGAAGGUCUGUCGCACCAGCACGUCUCUCUGGCCAGCGUCCAGCAUGCACUCGGCACCGCAGAGCAGGCGCUGUUCAACACCAUCAUGUCUAUUCAUUGGUCCCCCUCUACCUCCGCUGCUUCGUCAUCCCCGGAGAGUCUGCGCUUUGCGCCGGUUGCCUCGCAUGA